UCAGCGCCGCCACGCCCGACUCCACUCCUCCGCCGGCAGAUCCGGCCAUCCAAUUGCAAGCCCCAUCCCCGCCGGACCUCCGUCCCGUCGACGCCCGAGUCCCGCCGUCAGCCAGGAGCAGCUACCUCAUCGCUAGGAGAAGCCCACUCCACCCGGCCACCCCACCCCGACGCCAUUGACGCCCGACGGGCCCCGAUGGCACAGAUCCCAAACCUCGAUAACGCGCCGCUCAAUCUCACUGCCUUCAGGGAGCAGUCACAGAAGGAACUCGUCAGCAUAAUCAAGAGCGUCAGGGGGAACAAGUGUCUGGUCAUCGAUCCGAAGCUCGCGGGCACCCUCUCGCUGAUCCUGCACACCUCGGCGCUAAAGGAACAUGUCACGGAGCUGCGGGUCCUCUCCGCCGAGCCUCUGCAGACGGAGUGCCCCAAGGUGGUGUACCUUGUUCGGUCGCAGCUCAGCUUGAUGAAAUUCGUGGCAAAUCAAAUCAAGAACGACGAAUCCAAGGGGCUCCAGAGGGAAUACCACCUCUAUUUCGUGCCACGUCGUCUAGUUGCCUGUGAGAUGAUUCUGGAGGAAGAGAAAGUUCAUCAAAAGUUGGCAAUAAUCGGAGAAUACCCCUUGUAUCUGGUUCCUUUGGAUGAGGAUGUCAUUUCUUUUGAGCUUGGUGAUGAUGACUAUUCCUCACAGGAAUGUCACCUUAUGGAAGGGGAUACGGCGACUUCUGCUUGGCACGUUGCAGAAGCUAUUCAUAGGCUAGAGCUUGCCUUUGGAGUCAUCCCCAAUGUUAGAGCCAAGGGUGUGGCAUCAACCAAAGCUGCCCAGCUGCUCAACCAUAUGCACCUCCAAGACCCUGUCGACAUGGAUGACAUGGGGAUUCCAGAGAUAGAGACCGUUAUCUUGCUAGAUCGAGAGGUGGACAUGGUGACACCAAUGUGCUCUCAGCUAACGUAUGAAGGCCUCUUAGACGAGAUGUUGGAAAUUCACAACGGAUCUGUGCAAGUUGAUGCCGGCAUCAUGCGCGCCCAACAAGAUGGGAAAAAGAUCAAGGUUCCGCUCAAUUCGAGCGAUAAGUUGUACAGGGAGAUUCGAGACCUCAGCUUCCAUGUUGUGCUUCGGGUCGUCCACCAAAAGGCAACGUCUAUUCAGCAAGAUUACGCGCAGGUAAAAUCAAUGAACACACAGUCGGUUUCCGAGCUCAAGGAUUUUGUGAAGAGGUUACACUCACUACCGGAGAUAACCAGGCAUGUUAAUUUGGCGCACCAUCUGCAGUCGUUUGCUGGAAAACCCUUGUUUCAUGCCCGAGUAGAGAUUGAGCAAAAGAUGCUGGAGGCGAAGGACUAUGAAACGUGUUACAAGUACAUUGAGGAGAUCAUACAGAAGCAAGAGCCUAUUGAGACUGUGCUUCGCCUUCUGGUGUUAUUUUCCCUUACAAAUGCUGGGUUGCCGAGGAAGAGUUUUGACUACCUGAGGCGGGAGAUACUGCACAGCUAUGGCUUUGAGCACAUGCCCUUGUUAUACAAUCUGCAGAAGGCUGGCCUUGUUAAAGGGCGGGAACCGAGGAGUAAUUGGGCUAUUAUCAGGAGAGGUCUCCAGCUUAUAGUUGAUAUAAAGGAUCCUGAUUCCCCUGAUGAUGUAUCAUACGUCUUUGCUGGAUACGCGCCUCUUAGCAUUCGCCUUGUUCAGCAUGCAGUGAAGUCUGGAUGGCGAUCUAUCGAAGAAGUGUUGAAAUUGUUGCCGGGCCCUCAUCUGGAUUUGAAAAGAGGUGUCUCGACCAUUAGUGGUUCAUCAGAAUUACUAUCAGCCGAGGCAAGACAGAAAACCGACAGGGUUGGUCGUCGCUCCGUUGUUCUGGUUGUGUUUGUUGGUGGCGUAACAUUUGCUGAGAUUGCCUCGCUUCGAUUUCUUGGUGCACAGGAAGGAAUGGGCUGUGUCUUCGUGGUUGCAACAACAAAGGUCAUCACCGGCAACACAUUACUUAGACCAAUUAUAGCCAGCAGCAAAGAGUUGAUUGUACAAAGCAGCGCAAACCCGUGCCCAGGAGGGGAUUUUCCUUGUUCAGUUCUGGGCCACUUUUUAUUCUGCAACCAGAAAUGCUAUUGCUCGUGCUCUUGCAUUCACAUCACACAAGUCUUUUAUUUUCUUGUCAGAUAAAGCGUGUAAAUUGAUAGCUCAUGUACAGACACAGAUGCUCCGCAAACAUCGAUUUGAAGGAUCUGCAAUUAUCUAUGGACAUGACAAAAAUGUGUUGCAAUUCAAUUUACGCACUUAUGUACA